AUCAACCUCAUCACUGCCGGUACACACACGGUGCCGCGCUACUAUAUAUAUAUCUCCGCGCCGGCCGGUGACUGGCCGGGCACCGCGCGCGUACGUGCUAAUAGCUAGUCAAGCCAGUUGAUCGAUCGUCGCAUCUCGCGACCGCGAGGAUGGCGAGCCUUCCCUUCAAUGUGACGAUGACGCUGGGGUACCAGCCGGGCACCGGCAUACCGCCGUGGCUCAACAAGGGCGACAACGCGUGGCAGAUGGUGGCGGCCACGCUGGUAGGCCUGCAGAGCGUGCCGGGGCUGGUCAUCCUCUACGGGAGCAUCGUCAAGAAGAAGUGGGCCGUCAACUCGGCGUUCAUGGCGCUCUACGCGUUCGCCGCCGUCUGGCUGUGCUGGGUCAUCUGGGGCUACCAGAUGUCCUUCGGCCAGAGGCUGGUCCCGUUCUGGGGCAAGGCCGGCCACACGCUCGGCCAGGGCUUCCUCCUCAGCCAGGCCGGCCUCCCGGCGACCCAGCACUACUACCAUGACAGCGACGUCGUCGAGACAUUCGAGAUCACGCCGUUCUACCCUAUGGCGUCCAUGGUCUACUUCCAGUGCGUCUUCGCCGCCAUCACGCUCAUCCUCCUCGCCGGCUCCCUGCUCGGCCGCAUGAACUUCAAGGCGUGGAUGCUCUUCGUCCCGCUCUGGCUCACCUUCUCCUACACCAUCGGCGCCUUCUCCAUCUGGGGCGGAGGCUUCCUCUUCCACUGGGGCGUCAUGGACUACUCCGGCGGCUACGUCAUCCACCUCUCCUCGGGCGUCGCGGGAUUCACCGCUGCCUACUGGGUCGGGCCCAGGCUCACUAAGGAUAGGGAAAGGUUCCCGCCAAACAACGUCCUGCUCAUGCUCACCGGCGCCGGCAUCCUGUGGAUGGGAUGGGCCGGCUUCAACGGCGGCGACCCCUACGCCGCCAACGUCGACUCGUCCAUCGCCGUUCUCAACACCAACAUCUGCGCCGCCACCAGCCUCCUGGUCUGGACCUGCCUCGACGUCAUCUUCUUCAAGAAACCUUCCGUCAUCGGCGCCGUCCAGGGCAUGAUCACCGGCCUCGUCUGCAUCACUCCCGGCGCAGGUCUGGUCCAGGGCUGGGCGGCGAUCCUGAUGGGCAUGAUUUCCGGCAGCAUCCCGUGGUUCACGAUGAUGGUGGUGCACAAGCGCUCUCGCCUGCUCCAGCAAGUGGACGACACCCUGGGCGUGUUCCACACCCACGCCGUGGCCGGGUUCCUCGGCGGCUUCACCACGGGGCUGUUCGCGCACCCGGACCUGUGCCCCAUGUUCCUGCCGGUCACCAACUCCCGCGGCGCCUUCUACGGCAACGGCAUGCAGCUCGUCAAGCAGGUGGUCGGCGCGCUCUUCAUCAUCUCCUGGAACGUGGUGGUCACCAGCCUUGUGUGCCUGGUGGUGCGGCUCGUGGUGCCGCUGCGCAUGCCCGACGACGAGCUGGCCAUCGGCGACGACGCCGUGCACGGCGAGGAGGCCUACGCGCUCUGGGGCGACGGCGAGAAGUACGACUCCACCAAGCACGGGUGGUACUCGGACAACGACACGCAGCACAACAAGGCGCCCAGCGGCGUCACGCAGAACGUCUGACUCACGGGAUUGUUGCGAUGUAUCUGGACUGGAGGGAGAUUAUUUAUUUGAAAUUUUGAAUAAGCGAUCAGGGGCUUGGUUUAAAAAAAACGCUUUGGUCAUGUUGGACUGCUGGGGGUUCGACUGAACAAUUGGUUGCAUUGAUAGACGCUACGGGCUGGGAUGCAGUUUUUACGGUGAUGGCGCGUGUGUGGGUGGAGUUGCUCGUUUUUUGUUCUCUGUUUAUUGCAGUUUGGUUGUCGUAGCCACCCGCGUGCCUCUGCUGCAUGCGCUGUGGAACAGUAAUAAUUAUCUGUGUGGUGCCGUGAUGAGCAAGAGGUUUUUGUGAUA